AUUAGCAUAAAGUUAACUGCUAGCCACACUUGACCUUUUCAUGCUUUUGGCCUUCUCUCUGUCUCUCUCCAACCAUAUACGUCCAUGACCAAAAAAGUAAAAGAUAAAAAAGCAAACUGCCCGCUUAAAAACCACUUAUAAGAAGUGUAACAGCCCCAUAAACACAUUCUUUCUUUAUGUGCUAAUAUAUUAUCCAAAGUUAGACAAAACUCAACAAUAAUGGAAGAUCAGUGCAGUCCUCUUAGCUGGGCUUACUACUAUCAAGAAGAGGGAAUUGAGGACUUGAAGCAUUCUUUCUUGUACUCAACAUUGGAGCUAGAGACGGGCAUCCUGUCUGCACAUGAAGAACUUUCAAGAAAAGAUGAUGAAAUUCUCCACCUCAAGAAUCUCUUAACAAAGAUUGUAAGAGAAAGGGAUGAAUUCGAAGGAAAAUGCCAAACACUUAUGAUGGAAAAGCAGCUUAUUUUUCAACAAGUAGAAAUCCAAAAAAAGCCCCCAAAACAGAACAUAGAAUCUGCACCUUCAAGUGGAACUAACAGCAAUGAAGAUGAGAACAACAUUGGACUUCCCUCUGAUUGUGAUGAAAACAACUUUGUACCAUCACCAUUGCCGGAAACAUUUUCCGACGUCCCAUCGCAGGAGAAAAUCGUGCCGAACAAGCCAUUACCAGAAAAAGGUAAGUUCUUGCAAGCAGUAAUGGAAGCUGGACCCCUUCUUAAAACUCUUAUGCUGGCUGGACCCCUACCCCAGUGGCAGCACCCACCCCCCCAAAUUAACUCCAUUGACAUUCCACCAGUCGCCAUUUCUUCUCCAAGAAAUAGUAAUGGAUUAUUCAGUAACAAGAGGGCUCUGAUGAACGGGGAAUUAGGGCAAGAUUUUUCACCCAAGUUUCAAAAAGUUGUUCACCAAAAUCAUCAUUGACCUAACAUAAUUAUUUAGCAAGCAUAAUCUAUCCUUUUCAUGCUGUUAAGCAUGAAAGUGAUGGCAAUUAUGUUACUAGUUAAAGUUUGUAUAUGAAUGGUUUGUCAUAGAAACCAAGGAUCUUUAACUAAUCUUAGAUCAGAGAGUGAGUAUUAAGUGGGCUCAAUCAAGCCCCUUUAGCUUUUGGUUUGGAUGGAGACUUAAGUCAUUUUCCCCCUAUUAUUGGCUUGUUUGGCAACGUAGAUGGUACCGAUGGACAGGAUUAAAAAAGAAAAUACUGUUCAAUUCUGCGUACUAAAUAGGCCUUAUAUUUAUUUUACUUUCCCCUCAAGUGUAUCAGCAGGAGUUUGAGAUUCUCCAAUUGGUGGGGAAUUUGGGAAUUUUAUAUAUAUGAUGCAUACAUUAGUGUAUCUUGGUAGGUUUCGUUGUUGUUGACCUUGAGUCAUCAUUUGGAACUUGGAAGGAUAUAUUUUAAUAGAAUUAGAGCUGUGCUUCAUAUAUUA